AUGGGGAUGAUGGUGGAGUCAUCAAAUGCAAACUACCAGCAAUGUUUUCUGAAAUGCAUAAAAUUAUGUGGUUACGAUCUUCUCUGCACCGUCAGCUGUGGAGGUAAUUGUUUUUUCACGGAUCCUCCUAGUACGGUCAAUAACAAUAACCUUAAGUUCUGCAAUCUAGGAUGCCUCACUACUUCUCUCACCACUCAUAAUCUAUCAGGUAAUCAUCGAUCUUAA